AUGGUCCCAAAUGAAGCCCAGCAGUACGUGGGGAUAGUGAAGCUCCUUCAGCAUUUUGGAUGGACUUGGGUUGGGCUCUUUACUGUGGAUGAUGAUAGUGGAGAACAUUUUCUGCAGGUCUUGAAGACAUUGUUUUCCGAGCAUGGAAUCUGUUUGGCCUUCACAGAAAGGCUCCUAAACCAAGUCCAUUGGAAUAACAUGGAUGAAGUUGAUGAUUUAACACAAAAUGUGUAUCUACCCUUCCAAAAUAGCAAGGCCAAUAUAUUUGUGCUCUACGGAGAAGCCGUGGCUAUUAUGGCACUCAAUGCUUUCAUGUUUUUGAAUAACCCUGGAUAUAGCCAAAAUAAUUUAUUUAAAAAGAUAUGGAUUAUGACAGCUCAGGUAGAUUUUGCAUUAUCGGGCCUUCAAAGAAACUGGGAUAUCCGAGUUUUCCACGGAGCCCUUUUCUUCGCAAUCCACUCAGAAGAGCUUGUUGGUUUCCAGAAAUAUCUUCAGGGUGUAAAACCAUAUUGGAAUCCGGGAGAUGGAUUUCUUAAGGAUUUUUGGGAGCAAGCAUUUGAUUGUUUUUUUCCAAAUCCUGAGAUGAUAGACGCUGAUGGAAUGUGCACUGGGGAGGAGAGGCUGGAGAGCCUUCCUGGGCCUUUGUUUGAAAUGCACAUGACUGGCCACAGCUUCAGCAUCUCUAAUGCUGUCUAUGCGGUGGCACAUGCUUUGCAUGCAAUGCACUUAUCACUAUCCAACCACAGAACAAUGGUACAUGACAAAAGAGUAGCAAAACUUCAAGAUCUCCAGCGUUGGCAGAUCCAUCCAUUUCUUCAAGGCAUAUCUUUCAAUAACUCAGCUGGUGGAACAGUAUUUUUAAAUGAUAAUAUGGAAGUGGGAGCUGGAUUUGACAUAAUGAACCUGGUCACAUUCCCAAAUAUGUCUCUCCUCAGGGUAAAAGUUGGAUGGGUGAAUCCAAAUGCACAAAAUGGGAAAGAAUUCAUCAUCAACGAGGAUAUGAUUGUGUGGCAAACAAGUUUUAACCAGGUGGUGCCCCUUUCUCUGUGUAAUGAUUACUGCUACCCUGGUUAUGAUAAAAGAAAGAAAGAAGGGGAGACAUUUUGCUGCUAUGAUUGUAUUCCAUGUCCAGAAGGCGAGAUUUCAAACCAGAAGGACAUGGAUGACUGCAUCAAAUGCCCAAGAGAUCAAUAUCCAAGCAAGGACCAUGACCAAUGUAUUCCCAAGACUUGGAGCUUUCUGUCUCAUGAAGAACCUUUAGGGAGUGGAUUAGCCUCUAUUGCACUUUCUUUUUCCCUUUUCACAGCCUUGGUGCUGGGAAUUUUCAUUAAACACAAGGACACCCCCAUCAUCAAAGCCAACAACAGGGAUAUCACCUACAUUCUCCUCAUCUCCCUCCUACUCUGCUUUCUUUGUGCAUUUCUGUUUCUUGGACUACCUAAUAAGGUGACCUGUAUCAUACGACAAGCUGCUUCUGGUACCAUCUUCUCAGUGGCUGUUUCUUGUGUUUUGGCCAAAACCAUCACUGUGGUUGUAGCUUUCAUGGCCACCAAACCAGGGUCCAGCAUGAGGAAGUGGGUGGGGAAAAGACUGGCCAACUCCAUUAUCCUUUCCUGUUCAGUUAUCCAAGAAGCCAUUUGUAUAGUGUGGCUAGUAACCUCUCCCCCUUUCCCAGAUUUUGACAUGCUCUCUUUGAGUGAGGAGAUCAUAGCAGGAUGUAAUGAAGGGUCCACCUUUAUGUUUUACAUUGUCCUGGGCUACAUGGGACUUCUGUCUGUCAUCAGCUUGACUGUGGCCUUCCUAGCCAGGAAGUUGCCAGAUAGUUUCAAUGAAGCCAAAUUAAUCACCUUCAGCAUGCUGAUCUUUUGCAGUGUUUGGUUGUCAUUCAUUCCAUCCUACCUGAGCACCAAAGGGAAAUACAUGGUAGCUGUGGAGAUCUUCUCUAUCUUGGCCUCAAGUGCAGGGUUACUGGCUUGCAUCUUUUUUCCUAAAUGCUACAUUAUUCUGCUAAGGCCUGAGCUGAACAAAAAGGUUCAAGUAAUAAGGAGAAAGAAUUAA